AGUGCCACUUCGGCUCGAGACGAGCUGAAGCAGGCCUCAGGCCCAGUGUCUUUGCGACUUGGCGUCGGCUGGCGAAAUUUCUCUACACGUUCUGGGCCGCGCGUCGCGCGGAGGGUUGGCGGCGGCCAUGGCGUCGGCCUUCGCCAUCGCGCUGCUCCUGGCGGCGGGGGCCGAGGGGGCCCGCCCGGCGCUCGAUCUCGAGGGCGCGGGACUCCGCGUCGAGGACAGCGGUGGUGAUGGAGCCAGCCGGUCGUGGGAGAAGAGAGGGUGUGCGGAUGUUGUUCCUGGGGCAGAGGCCUUCCAUUUUGGUUCGUGCAGGUGCGCAGCAGCAGGGGCCAGGCUGGCCGGCGGGGACGCAGCGUGCAAGCUGGAGGAGGAGGAGGAUGGGCCUGGAGGCCUCCAAGAGGACGUGUUCCUGCCCGACAGCGUCCAGGGCAAGGGCUGUUUUUGCAGGGGCACCCUGGCAGGCAGCAGCGCUGGCGAGGGUGGCUUCUUGGAGAUGGCAGAUGGGGAGCCGCGGUGCCCGAUCUUGGCAGAGGUGUCUUCUUUGGAAGAGUGCAGCGAGGCGACCGCCGCACUUGCACUUGAUGGAGGAGGACCGUUCUUGAACCACCACUUACUGUCUACAAGCUUCUGCUAUUUGAGGGACAAGGGCAACGACGCGGCAACUUCUUUUUGGAAUCCCGAGCCGCCCACCUACAUGCAGGGCAAUCCCGUGCCUGGCUCUCGGCCUGUAUGCCGAGGCACCUCGUACUACCUUCAAGACAGGGCUGCAGAAAGGGGGAUGUGUCCAGAAGGGCAUGAGCUUCUGUCCGGGGAAGAGUGUCGCGCGGCCUUAGCCCUCAUGACAGGUCAAAGAGUUUCGCGCUACCGUCUGGAGCCAGCUCAUGCCUGGGGUUGCCGCUUAGAAGCCACGGAGGUGCCCAUUGGCAGGGCACUCGUAACGGUGACGGAAGCAGUUUUUCUGUACAGGCCUGAGGGCAGCCAGAGCCUUACGGUCAAUCCACAUUUUUUUACGCUGAAGGGGUCAGUAUGCCGCACGUCUAACUCUACUGCGAUUGCUGAGCAAGCGAUUGGUAUCCUGAAGAAGCCGUGGAGCAGCGUUGACUUGAUCAUCAAUGCCAUACGUCAGCUUUCAGCAAGUGGUCGCAAGGGUGCCGACCGUUCGGAGGCAUUGGUUCCCUACCUGUGGCAUGAGGAUAUCACGAAAGGCUCUGCAAAGAAAGUCACCAGUGAUGCUACACAGUACGCCCGAGCGUGCGUGGCCGUAGGCAUGGUGCCCGCAUGGGAGCGGCACAAAGGGCUGAAGGGUAAGAUCCUCAGUUUGGACAUCGAGAACGGAACUGCAGAGCUCGCUGGCGGGGUCGACAGUGUCCACGUGCCCAUCAGAGCCUUGCACGGUUUAGGAACGUGGCAACCGCGGCGGGUCAGCGCCGCCGCCGUGGGCGCGCUCGGUGUCUUCUUCGGUUACGACCUCGUGGAUGCAUCUGAGAUCGGAAACACAAUUGCCAAGGUGCUCAAGAAACAUUUGCGUGAAAUCUCAUCCCAUGAGGAGUGGUUGAAGAAUCUGGGCAGCUCCUCGCCUGACAUGGCAGUCCGCGACGGUGCUCGGGAGCUGGGGCUGUUAGGUUCAGCAUGGAAGAGAGAGAGUCUUAACAGGAAAGCGAUUCUCAGAGACACGGCUCGUCACUUGGUGAAGGACGUGCGGACCCGGAAAGCGUUUGAGAAGGCACAGCAGGAGAAGAAGAAGGUAUCCCAGGAGAGGAACAUCAGCCAAAGCUUGUCACGGCAGGUGGGCAUGCACAUCGUUUUCGACAGCGCUCAUACCCUGAAAAUGCCCCGUGGUACAAUGCUGUUGUGGACGUCGCUUAACGAAGUGGAAGCGCACCGAUGCCCCCGCGUCCCAGCGUGCCCCGGGGUCGAUCUCAAGCUCGAAGACCUCGAGGGUUUGAAUCACUCGCUCGGUAACGGCCCCUGUGCACAGGGGUACAGUCCUAACGCACCAGGGUGCGCGGGGUGUGCAUCGCCCGAGAGCGGCAGGAGCCCCAUCGACGUUUUCACGUGUGGGGCGUGUGGCGAUUACACCACUGAGGUUCUGCGCCACAUCUCGGUUCCGUUGGCCCUGUACCUCUUCGGCAUGAAAUCCGCCUACGACCCAUCGGAGGCCGAGUGCUUUGGCAGCGUGACCACAGUCUUCCUCUCCUUCCACAGCACUGCUAGCCUUGUUCUGAGCUCCAUCGAGGCGUCCCCCAUUGGCAUCGAACAUAACGUCAGCGCCUUGCUGGGCUCCUUGACAGUGGGUGCCGAGUCGGCCUCGGGCAUGCCUUCGGGCAGCAUCGACUGCCUCGUGAAGAGGCCGGCAGGGAUAACCUCGUGGCUCUUGCACAGUGCCGCCGUGCCCGUGACGAUCUUUCUGCUGUGGGUGGUGGGCGCGGUCGCGCUGGGCUACAUCCGCGGAGAGCGCCCGAACUACAUCGUGAUUAUCGUCCGGCCCAUGGCCGUCUUCGUCAAGAGCUUCUUCCCCAUGAUCUUCGCGGGAGUGUGGAGGGCGUGGCCGUGCUUCCACACUCAAGGUGCCCCCUCCAGGGCUUUGAUGAUAUACAACGUGAACGAGACCUGCCCAGUCCUCUUCUCGCGGCAUCCUGAUCCGGGUCUUGUCCUGUGCCUGUGCGGCGCUCUCCUCUGCUGCGUGCUGGGCCCCGGGCUCUGGCUUAUCACCAUGCGCCCCGCGGCCUGGGGCGAGGGGCCCCGCGAGGCGGUCUGGGGGGUUCUGAACCGGCCAUACGAGGAGAGGCGCCAGUUCUGGGAGGUCGUGAUGCUGGCGCGAAGGAUGUUGCUGGCAGCGGUCGCGGUCCUGUGCCCGAUGUCCUAUUCACCAAACGCGCAUCUGAAGGCGGUGCUCAUGAUCAACGUUGCGGCGUUGGGUGCGCACGCGAAGGCGUGGCCCUACAAGAAGAAGAUUACAGAGGGCAUGCCGAAGUAUCUCAACAUCAACAACAUCGAGCUCCUCUCGCUCUUGACGUGCUGCGCCUCCACCAUCCUGGCGUCCUACCUCCUCGAGGACGCUUGGACCCACGAGGAGUCCCUGGACCUCGCGGUGAUGGGCUCGUCCAUCGUUCUCAUCCUGGCCUUCUCCACGCUGCUGGUCGGCCUGCUCCUCUACACGGGGGCCAACAAGCUGCGGGCGUAGGCGCUGCCAGGAGGAGAAGGACGAGGAGGAGGAGGAGGAAGAGGAAGAGGAGGAGGAGGAGGAGGAGGAGGAGGAGGA